AUGAACAAGAGAAUUAGGGCUUUCCUUGGUGGCAAUGGAGUGUUUGAUAGUCUAGAGAGCGUUGAGGCCGCACUCCCCAAGCAGAAGGAAGAACUUGGCAGUCCGGAAUUCAGACAUGGCAAGGUUGCUCAGAAGAGGCGGUGGAAGGCUUAUCACUGGGAAGAAACUAACAACAACCUCCUCUGGCAAGCUCACUAUGCUGAAGCAAUUGCUCCAAGCGACCAGUAUCUAAAAGGGGAUACUGCAACCAUUGCAAAGCAGCAGUUUGGCUUGAUGGUUGUUGCCUAUUUAUUGCAUGGUUUUUUGUCUCUGUUAUCUUCUUCAGAAGGUGAUAGUGACUCAGAUGACGAGUGCAUUGUGAGCGAGACGGAGGUAGGGGCCGAAUCGGCAUUUGGAGGGGUAUUCGGAUCUGUGUUCGACAUGAGUUCUUCAAGGCUCUCGGACGGGGACCAGAUGACGCGGACUGAUACCCGCCUGUUGAGCUUACUCUCGCGACUUGAGCGAGUGGCAGAGGACAUAUGGGUGGCAAUUGGCGAGGUGAAGGCGAUGGCAGAGAGUCGGGUUCUUCUGGUCGCAACAGCAGCAGUGCAGGAGCAGGCGACGAAAAGGAGGAGGCAGGCAGCGCAGGCCAAGAAACCAUCUCCGUCGUCAUUGCAGGCGAGUUCGCCAGGUCGGCGACCAUGCGAUUCAAGGCGCAGGUCGCGGAGGAGUGGGGAGUGGCUCUUGUGGACAGCGAGCUUCCCUGAACUUUGUGGGAGAGGAGUUUGUGAAGCGGUUGAACCUCUCGUGGUCGCCCAUCAAUCCCUUUGA